AUGCGUGGAAUCAAAGUGUCAUCCUUCUUGAGAGCCGGAUCUUGGACGUUGGAUGUGAUUGAGCAAAUGUUCAGCCGGCCGACGCUCCGCUCCUACUUGGCCGAGUUUAUUUCCACCUUCGUCUUUGUUUUCGCCGGCGUCGGCUCUGCAACUUCCGCUGGUAAAUUGAUGGCGUCGGAUGCCACGUUAGCCGGAGCAUCUCUCGUGGCAAUUGCUUUGGCUCAUGGGUUCGCCUUGGCCGCGGCUGUGUACGUGGCUGGAGACGUCUCUGGCGGCCACAUCAAUCCAGCUGUCACAUUCGGAUUUGUCCUCGGAGGCCACAUUGGUUUACUUACGGGGAUUUGUUACUGCGGAGCUCAGUUGUUUGGAUCCACAAUGGCAUGUGUCCUCCUAAUGUUGGUCACAGCAGGGGAAGUAAUUCCUCUGCACGGGUUGGAUCCAGAAAUGACGGGUCUGCGUGGCAUGGUUACGGAAUGUAUUGCCACGUUUGCUCUCGUGUACUGUGUAUAUGGGGUAUGGGACCCAAGAAAUGGAUCUCACAGAAGUAUGGGGCCCAUUGUGAUCGGGUUUAUAUAUGGGGCAAAUAGUAUAGUGUUGGAUCCUUUCAUGGGUGGGUCGAUGAACCCGGCCCGGUCGUUUGGUCCUGCUAUCGUCACGGGUAAUUUUAGGGAUCACUGGGUGUAUUGGGUGGGGCCCCUGAUGGGAGGAGGCCUCGCCGGGUUGGUGUAUAAAAAUUUCAUGUCCCUGGCUCACGACCAAUCUCCUGCCGAUGAUGUGGUAGUCUAG